AUGUUGAUUCACGUGACCUCUCAUCUCGGGCAGACGACAGAUCUGGUCGUCAUGGCAGACGACACUGUGUUGAGUUUGAAGGAGAAGAUUGCGGAGGAAGAGGGUACUCCCGUUCAGCAUCAACGUCUCAUCUUCCUCCACCAAACAAUGGACGACAGCGGGACAAUGGCGGAAUACCGGAUCAGGAAGGGCUCUGUCAUCCAUCUUGCCCAAAGCAUGAUGGGUAACAGCGGAAUUCGGAUAUUGGUCUAUAAGGAGGCGCACACGACAUACAGCCUGAUUCGUGUGUAUGGUACUGAGACUCCGCUUGUCGUGAAACAGAAGGUGUCCGAUGUUGUGGGUGUAGCGGUUGGUGAUAUGGAUGUUGUGUUUCACGGACGUCAUCUCUGUGACUACAGCAGGUUGUCAGAGUUGAACCUUGACCCCUGGUUGGUUUAUAGGCUAUCGGUAGUUCCGGUGUAUGGGCGUAGGUAUCCGGAGAUUGCCGAGGUGAUGUACGAGCUGCGCUUGGCCGUUUUAUGA